AAUAUUCAAAAUGGAGCGGAGAGAGAAGAACGGGCUUGAUUCACCUGAUGUAACGACGAUUUUGCGACUCUUCUGACCCUAGUUUUUGCUGAGUUGAUGCUCCAAAGGCCUGACUCAAGGGGAAGCUGUUGAGUCUCCUGUAAAAUCAAGAUCAAGCGGUUUUUGGAGGGAAAAACACCAUAACCAGAACCAGGGAAACUCCUCCACUCAUUGACCUCACUCCACAUCCACAGACCCACAGUAUCUGACCUGAGUGGUAACCAAGACCCUGGCCUGGCCUUCAAGAUCCUAAAACUCACCAGAAUCUUCCUCAAGAAAACGGAGUAACUCAAGUCAAACAGUCAUCCACCUGCUACUUGCACCUUUGGGGCACUACCUAGAGGCUGUGGUACCACAGCCUACAGUACAGUACAGGCAGGCAUUGACCAUACAUUCAGCUAAAAUGCUCAAGUCAACGGCUGCAGUCAGCUCUGAGGAUCCAUCUGGUACCUUCAAAGUAAAGUCACAAGAUAUUUCAGAGAGUCAUCCUGAAACUUCACAGCAUCAAACAGAUGAAAUCAGCUCCACUUUUGAUUCAGCAGAAGAGAAAUGCAAUGAGGAUGACCCGAGACAGAAGGCUGUUUUUAAAAAAAGGAAGUAUCGGGUCAUGGAUGACUCGUAUCGUCUAAACAGGACCAUGAGAGAUAAGGAUUUCAAGCUAGCUAGGAGCAACUUCUAUUCCUUUAAGGACACUCUUGGAGACUGGGAUGAACGAUCUACUCAGUUGCUGAUUCAGCUCAUACAGAAAUACCCUCAAACAUAUUUUUUGUUGACUAUGAAAAAUGAAAGAAGAAUGAUCCACUGGGAAAAACUACAUAAAGAAAUGGAAGCAUAUGGUUACAAUUUUACUAUUCUUCAGCUUCGAAUGCGUUGGAGGGAAGUACUUCAGAAAUAUCGUUGGACAGUCAACUAUAAUGACUUUCAUGAAAUUAAGAAGAGAUGUGAAUACUUUGAUGAAAUGAAUGAACUCUGUGGUGACUGGGACAAGGAAGCUACACAGGCUCUUCUCAGACAAAUGCAUCAUAUUAAGAAGGAGAAUCAAGGGAAGAAGAUAGUAAGAAUUGGCUACAGUGGAUGGGAGAAAAUAACAGAAAAUUUGAACAUGGAAGGACAUAAGUACACAAUACAUAUGGUUGAGGGAAGGUGGCGCAACAUGGUAACACUCUUCAAGACAAUGGUUGACCACAAUAGUAUACCAAAUGUUGAGCCACAAGUAGUAGCAUACAAGGAAGAUCUUGAAGAACUGGUGAAGUAUGUCCCUCAACGCCGAAACAACUAUGAGAAAAAAGUAGGGCGUUCAGUCAAAAUGGAAAGGUUUCCGUCCAAGGGUUGUCGUAUCCUUCUGCAAGCCUAUAAAGACUGCAUGAGCCGUUUUGUGGAUCCAAAAAUAGAUAACCGAAUAUUAUGGGAUGAAAUUACCAAGAGACUUGAAGAUGAGGGGUUGUGCUUUACAACAUUCAAACUGAAGGAGACUUUCACAGGCAUGAUAAAGGGUUUUGAAAAAUGCCAGCAUCACAACAGCUUGCCAGGAGCUAUUCGGAGGGAUGUACCUUACUACAGAGAACUUGCCGAAGUGUAUGGAGUAUAUGGCCGUUGGCCACAUGUUCAGACAUCACGAACAAUGGAGAUGAGAACCAAGAGGAAAUAUCGUCUUCGUCUACAGGUAAGCCAGCAACUGUGGUGUCUGGAGGAGUCACGAGCACUGCUGCAAGUUUAUCCUGAUGUUUUGGAGUCUCACGUGAACCAGUGUCUGAGUCAUCAACCGAGUGACCUUUGGCUACAGGUAGCAAAGGUGUAUUCUACCACUGGAUACCCAAAGCGAGAUAUUCCUGAGAUUGCAGUUCAUAUUGGGUUGCUACGACAAGGUUAUGCUCAAAACAAUAAAUUUCCAUUCAGUGAAGAGAUGAAAAAGGUCAAAGAGACAGAGGAGGCUGUUUGUUAUAGUCCUGAUGUGUCCAAAUACACAGGAGAGGUGGAGAUUACCUACUGGAGUCAUGAAGCUGUUAAUCUUCUCUUAGACCUGUAUAUCAAACACCAAUCAGCAACAGCUUCUCAUGCUAACAGAAAUGAAGUUUUUGUUAAAAUCAAUGAGUCACUGCAAAACCUUGGAUACAAAUACAGUAAAGAGGAAGUACAUGACCAGUUCAAGUUUCUUUUGACUCAGUAUAACACAAGACAAUUGAAACCGUGGAUGCUUCCUCCUGUGGGCCGUCAGACCCACAAUCCAGUUGGUGCACCUUACCUUGAGAAACUACAAAAAGUCUUACAGCUAAGGAGAGAGAUGUCUUUAAGUUGGACCACAGGAGUGAAGCCCCUAACACCACAAACUCAGAAGAUUUUGUUAACAGUAGUCUGUCAGAAAGCAGAUGAACUUCUCAUAAAGAUGGGAACGGAAAGAGAGAAGAAGAUUUUACUUGGACAAAUUAUUGAUGGGGUUAUUGGUCACAUCCGAACCCACAAGCUUAUAGACCCUGUGCCUCGUACACGACAGGUUCGCCUUCACAUUGCUGAUGCCAUGAAGAAUUUUAAUAAAGCAACAGAAAACAAGGACAUAGCAUACCUGCACAAGCUCUUCAAGGACUGCAAUGUACUUGACCUCAUGUGUAAUAUAUCUCUUGAACCAACUAGCAGUGAUUAUAGGAUGAAAUCUAAGAGGGAAAACAGGAUUGAUACAGCAAAAAAUGGAACAAGAAUGGAAGCUGAAACUUCAUUGACUACAGGGAGCUGUUUGGAAGUUGAGGAAGACUUGGUCAGCAAUGCUAACGUUGGAUGGAUUUCUGAAGAACACUCAUGUCAGGAGCUUGAUGAGGUUGCUGAAUAUCUAACUUUUGCCUUAUGCCACUUAUGCAAAGCAGGUCAAGAUCAUAACUUGAACAAUAUUUGCAAAGGAAUAUAUGCAAAGCCAGAAAAUAGUAUAGAUAUUUCAAGUAUACUAGAGAUGAGUAAAAAAAGUUUUCAGAAUGUUAAAAUGUUAGAUUCUAUUUAUGAAAAUUCUGUGAAUCAUGAUUAUGAUGAUGUGAGUAAUUCUUUUAAAUCACAACUUUCAUCAGCAGAAAAUGUAGAAAAUAAUUUAGAGAUUUCCUGUUCCAGUAGAAGUAUGAGUAGGUGUAGCAGUGCCAUGUGCAAAAAUGGUACCAUUUCAUCGACGCCUGCUCCUAGGAGCUCCCACCAGGGGAUGGCCACGGCAGAAGAGUAUCCAACUUUCUCUAUCCAGACACUCCCUCCUGGUACCAGUGAUGUAUAUGGUAAGGUCUUUGGGAAAGUUCAAUCUGGGUUACCCAUAAAUAGUAUAAGACAACAUAAUAACAUGCUGUCUACUAUUUUGUGUGACUCAGAUUUAAAAUUAUCAUUAUUUCUGCCAAAUGAACUUACACCACAUAUGGAAAGUGUUCUUGUAAAUGAAGAAACCCCUCCAGUAAAGCACUUCAAACAAAGAGAUGACAAAAAAGUGAGUCAAGAGCAUUUGUCAUCUCAUGGAAAAACUUCAAUACCAAAUGAUUCUUCAAAGCAAGACAAGUUGAACUUGGGGGACAAGCACUUAAAUUCUGUGCUUCUAAAUGAAGAACUCACUCUUGAAACAAAGAUUAUUCAAACUCGCUCUGGAAGAAAAACUCGUUUUACAUUUUUUUCUCAAACUCUUAAUGAUGACGUUGAUGGGAAAGUUUUUGAGAGGAGUGAGUUGCAUGAUGAAGAUGUUGCCUCUCCAACAAAAAGAAUAAAGUUUGAUCCUGAAGCACACAAUUAUGACCCUUCAAAAAAGAAAAGAGGAAGACCAAGGAAAGUGUCUCAUGAAAAUCUUGCUCAUGAUUGUGUUGUGACAAAGGAUGAUGUUCCUGAUAUGCAAAGUUACCAUCCAAAUCAGAGCUCCUUUCUCCCCCAUCAAAAAACUGAUUGCAACUCUAAAAUGAGUUCAUUAAAAAAUCCUUUCCUGUCAUUCAUCAAAAGUCAUCACAUGAUAAAGACUACACAAGAAAAUGAGAUAGUGAAAACAAUCAAAGAACAUAAAAAAGAACACACCAAUAUUUUAGAAGAAAUUUACAGUAUACUGGAAGAUUUAGAUCAUCAUCAUUGAUCAGAUUUCCUGAAAAGGCAGGGUUGGGAGUUAGCAAGGGUCAUUUUAGUAUUAUGAUGAGAAUUUUAAGAAAAUAUAUUUGUUGAGGGAGGAUCAAGUCAUCAUCCUCAGCUGUCUGUAUUUUAUGAGUUCCAUCCCAUAAGAAAUACUUUUCUGUAGUGGGAAAAUAAGGACAUCCCCUUAUUCAAUUGCCUCAGGGAAUUUUA